AUGUCCUUGCUUUCUACGAUUGAAGACAUGCGUCGCGUUCAACAAGAACGUCAAAGUCUGAGACGAAACUUCCUGACGAAGCGCGAAAUUCUCGGAGACAACACGGCGCCCUCAGUGAUUUGGAGUGCAUUUACCGGCGAAUGUCUGCGGUUCGACAAAAAAAGUCCAUGGUACUCCCCCAACAUGGACGUCAAUCUCAUCUACAGAGACGGACUUACGCCACUGAUGAUAGCCGCCUGGAAUAACCGCGUCGAAUAUUGUGAAAAUCUAUUGAUGAAAGGCGCAGAUUUCACCAAAGUCGGACAUUUCUACGGAAGUCCGAUGACGGCAAUGAUGUUCGCGAUUGGUCGAGACAAUUAUAGGGUUGUAAAAUCGUUGUUCGAGUACGGGGACGAUCCGAAUUCUCUAGCCCGUGUGAGGGAGCACGAGUUCUCGCUUGUGGCGUACGCAAUCGACCACCAAGCGUACCAAACCAUUCCGAUUCUUAUACAGUACGGUGCCGAUUUCAAUCAGAGCGACAUUCACGAGCUUUCCCCGAUUCACAAAGUGUGUCUUCAGAUACCAGAAGAAAAGUUAUCUCAUAGAUUUACACGGGACAUAGAUAUGCAAAGAGACGAUGUUUUGUCGAUGCUAGAGUCAUUGCUGUCAACACACGCAGUGAUUAGAAAUCGACGAGAAUGCAGGGGACUGACACCUCUCCACUUAGCGGCUUACACCGGUUGUGUGCAAGCGGUGGAGAUGCUUGUUGAGGCAGGAGAAAGUGCCUCGUUCGUCGACGAAACGAAGCAAUUGCCAUCGCACUAUACGAGACAUCCGCGAGUUCGAUUGUAUUUGCAAGAGUGCGAAGGUUAG